UCCAGGACAAGGCAAGAGAACAGACAUGGAUCUCCCAUGCUUGAGACCCCAGGAAGCGGUAUAACAAUAGGCUGCCCCGAGCUUCUAGUGCUCUCAAUGCCAGCUUUAAGCUCCCGGGCAGCUUGUGCAUCACACCCUCCCCUCCUCUGCCGCCCCUCCAACCUGCACAUUGCUCCCUUCCCCCCAGCAUCCUAUCUCUGAUCACCCAUCGCCCUGUGUUUGGGAUUAAACCUCACCCCCCUGGUCUGCUGGGUGGGCUUUGGAUGUAAACCAUGUCUGGGAAACACCAGCAUUUUAAAGGGCCCGAAGUCAGCUGUUGUGUCAAAUAUUUCUUGUUUGGAUUCAACAUAGUAUUUUGGUUGUUGGGGGCAGCUUUCCUCGCUAUUGCCUUGUGGGCAUGGGCCGAGAAGGGUGUCCUUUCCAAUAUCUCGUCCAUCACAGACCUUGGAGGCUUUGACCCUGUAUGGAUUUUCAUUGUUACUGGGGCUGUCAUGUUUGUGCUGGGAUUUGCUGGCUGCAUCGGAGCCCUCCGGGAGAACACUACGCUUCUAAAAUUUUUCUCCGUCUUCCUGGGUCUGAUCUUCUUCUUGGAGCUGACUGCAGGGAUCUUGGCUUUUGUGUUCAAAGACUGGAUCAAAGAUCAGCUCAACUUCUUCAUUAAUAACAAUGUGAAGGCAUAUCGGGAUGACAUCGACCUCCAGAACCUCAUAGACUUUGCUCAGGAAUAUUGGUCAUGUUGUGGUGCUCAUGGACCAAACGACUGGAAUCUCAACAUUUAUUUCAACUGCACAGACUCUAAUCCAAGCAGGGAGCGUUGUGGAGUGCCCUUCUCAUGCUGCGUGAAAGACCCAGCGGAAGAUGUUCAAAACACACAGUGCGGAUAUGAUGUGAGAUUAAAGCUGGAACUUGAACAGCAGAGUUACAUUUACACCAAGGGAUGUGUUGGCCAGUUUGAGAAGUGGCUUCAAGAUAAUUUAAUAGUUGUGGCUGGAGUAUUUGUUGCUGUUGCGUUAUUACAGAUUUUUGGUAUAUGUUUGGCUCAGAAUCUAGUCAGCGACAUCAGAGCUGUGAAGGCAAACUGGUGACUUCAUGCCCUCCAUGCCCGGUCUCCGGAACCCGUUUAACACUGGAUCCUGCCCAUUGGGACUGCACUGUAAUAUGAUUCAGCCACUGAUUCUCCAUCCUAGACUUUAAGGAAAUGCUUCCUCUCAUGAGUAUUUGGUGGAUAGUGGUCAAACUAGAGUGACAGUGGUCCCACUCAUUUUGUUUUCCCUCUAUUUUACGAGUGGGGGUAAGGUCAUGUUGCGUACCAUGACCCCCCCAACUUCCAAUCGUAAGCUUCCUUUUCUCCCUGGGCAUGGAGGGGCUGGCAUGGGAAGCCAAGUUGUAAAUAGGUGCAUGUGUGAUACAAGAGGGCCGUGUGACUAUGUAUGUUAAAUAUAUAUAUAUGUAAAUGUGUGUGUUGAUAUAUGUAUGUAUGUACAUACAUAAAUAAGCAACAUGAAAAGACUGUAAAGACCAUCUCUACUCUCCGUCUUUUGGAGAAGCCUCAAACUCUGUGUGGACCGUCCCCGGCAUGUCCCCAUCUCCUGCUGCUUUAUGAAAAAUGGGGAAUCAGCCAAAAUGCCCUUUCUGGUCUGACACUGGAGAAACGUCAGCUUUAUGCUUUUUUUCUUUUUUUCUUUGCUUUUUUCUUUUCUACUAUCAGUCCAGUACUAUGUUUGUUUUGUUUUUGUUUAUUUUAGUUGAUGUUAAAUAUUAUAAUUCCUAUUAUUGUUAAAUCCAGUUUUUAUGUUGUAGGUUUGUUUUAAUUUUAUGGUGCAGUCUGUGGAACCGAAUGCACUGCAGUAAACAAUUUCCAGAAAAAGCACAAAUGUGCUCAGUUACUGAAGAGCUUAUAUAGAAACGUGUACUCUUUUACCACUGCCACAGUGAUUGCUACUGCCCCCUGCAGGAAUGCUGACUCAUUACCAAGAUGGGCAUGGUAGGGGAUGAAUACCCUAUGAUAUUUAAUGAAGUGAAAAUCUGGUAAAAUUGGAUUAAUUUUUUCUGGUUACCUUUAAUUUUAACCAGUUCCUUCCUUCUCUGGACAAACUGCCACAUCUGUUUAUCUAUGGUCAUUGGCUCUGUUUUUGCUCACUGAAAAACAACCCAGACUGUUACCUACUGAGUGUAUACACUCACCUGACAGCUGUGAGCACUGUAUGGAUAUAUUUGAAGCUGCCCAUUUUUACUCUGUUCAAGGAUUAGGUCAAAGGGUAUUAACCCAGGUCUCUGCAGCUGUUCGAUUGCACUUCAUAAUCCUCACUCAUGCCCAAUUGAAGUUGUAGUCCCGCAGCUGUGUCUGAUGCAAGACGUUGUAUCCAUCAGUUACAUCAAAUAGCUCAUCCCACGGUCUUACACAUUCAGAUUUUGUUUGCUAACUCUUCAACUACAACUUGUAUUAUCUAGUAUUUGCAGCGGCUGUGAUGUGCAAGCAUAUGAGAACAUUCCAUACCGAUUGGUAUAUAUAUAUUUUUUACACCACAUUGGACCAAUAAUUUUUAU